AUGACUGACAGCCGGAAAUGGCGCCCACCGGUCGCGCCGAAGCCUUCCCUCCAAGUCCCUACUGCACGUCAGCGCGAUGUCUCCCCAGCCCUACAGGGAGCCGCGCUGGCCUUCAGCCCUCCACCGAAGCCGGCGGCCGCAGCUCAGACACCGACAACGAUCAAUGCAUUGGGAGCUGCCACUGUAGCAGAGCGGGCGAACAGAGAACAGAUUCGGAAACAUACGACCGGUGAGAGGGAUUCGACAUCUCCUGUCAGAGGUCGGUCGUACCUAAUACCUCAGCGCACUGCUGAAAACGACACGAUAAGCAAGCAUCCACUGCAGCGGACCGCCUCAGAAAUCGCAGCGAAGGCAGCGAGCGCCAACAGCAGUCCUGCACGGGGACCACCGGUCAAGCGACGUGAGCGGCCGCCUAUAAUUCCAACGCGAUCGUCCUCUCGGGAGUCCUUCGUCAGGCGUGGUCGAUCACCACUGAACGAUACUUUCAGUGCAGUAGAUCUGCCAGUCGCUAAUGGCUCGCUUGCCUCACCAUCCUCACAGCCUCAGCUAGAUCUCGAUCGCGUCCCUCAGCUGGCACAACCCACGAGCCGAGGCAUCAUGCCCCCUUCGCCCGAGCCCAGGCCUGCUCCCAAGGUAGCACCGAAGCCUCCCGUAAGCCGGUCGUUUCUGCCAGACAUUAACUCGAGCACCAUAAGUAGAAGUGAACCGCCUCCAAAGCCGCCGUCCAAGCGACAACCAAACAAAGCCCGCAAAGUUGAUCCUACAGUCGAAGCGGUCAACGUAAGCACUUACGGUUCCACUGAGCCAGAAGAGGAACUCGAAACCUAUCAGCAUGUCAAAGUUCCACAAGCCCAGCAAGAGUCGUCGCGGCCUAUAUCAAUUCCUCUAAGACCGGUCGGAGGCACCUCGCCACGCCAUGUGGACCAGUCUCCGAGGAGCUUUGGAACUAGCAUGACGGCACAGAGACUCGCUGAUGCAAUGGUCGCCUCUUCACUUGCAUCGUCGCGACAGGGCUCAAGAGCUACGUCACCCUUGAAGCAUCCGCCCGCACUACCGCGCCGACGAUCACACUCUAUGGACUUCUUGCGAGCCAGUCACACAGGAGACAGGAAGGCCCCUCUUAAGCCGCCACCUAGGCGCGCUAUGAAGCAAACCUUACGAAAACAUUCUCCAGAGCCGGAGGAGGAGGACGAGACCAAACGCGGUCGGCGACACAUCAUAAGGAAGCACCCGAACAAGCAUCAUGAAGGCGAUCGAAAGCGCUGGCGCGACAAAGUCACGGAACGAGAACGCAAGCGGUACGAGGGAGUGUGGGCAGCAAAUCGUGGAUUCCUGCAUGAGUUUGAGAGUGAUACCGUGAGACGGAAAUGGCCACGAGACGCCAACGCUGAUGAUAUGGUACUCAAUGUGGUAGUGCAGGAGGUAUGGAACCGAAGUCGGCUGCCAUAUUACGCAUUAGAAGAAAUCUGGACGCUAGUUGCUGGCAGCGCGAACGACAUGGCUCUGACCAGGGACCAGUUCGUGGUUGGCUUAUGGCUCGUCGAUCAGAGGUUGAAGGGCAGGAAACUGCCGGUGAAGGUUUCGCCGUCAGUUUGGGCGUCUGUGCGAAAUGUUGGCAUUAAAGUAAAGAAGCAUUACUAG